UUUCUGAAGAUAAAUAGAUUACAGUCUAAUGGAAAAAAAAAUAUAUAUAAGGCAAAGGAAUGCAUAUUUUUUAAAGUAAUCACAACAAAAUAGUUUGCUAUCUAAGAAAAAAUUUAAAAGUAAAAAAUGGUCUAGUAUUUAUUCUUUGAGUACCUACUAAUAAGUAAAAAAUUAAAGAGUUGCAACGUGAAGCACUUGAAACCCAGUUUUCGACUCUGUUUACUUGGCCAUCUGAAACAUGAAGGGCGCACAAAUGCCCACUUCACAGUUCUCCAGACAAAAGGACCUGCUCCCGCAUACAGGACCUGCCACUCGUUCCCACUCCAAGGAGUGCAGCUCGUGUGUGUGCGUGAUUUGCAUAUAUGCAGGCCAAGUCGAGCAGCAGCAGCGGCAGCAGCAGCAACAACAAUUGCAACCAAAACAAAGAUGCUGCGCUCCUGACACUGAAACCCGCACAAGGCCAAUCGACGAAAUCAGGCCACGCACACGAAUUCCGGCACGGUGGCGAUGACGAUGGCGAUGGCGACGGCGACGGCGAUGACGUAGCGAUGCGAUGCUCUGUGCGAUGCGAUGCGAUGCUCCCGGCAAACAGCCUACCACCAAAGUAGACGGCCGGCUUCCCCGGACCCACGGACACCCAGAACACCCACUCCGAAAACAUCGCCCAUCUCCAGGAGCAGAGGUAACUGCACUCAAUGCUACAGGGGAAAAAAAUAUCUAAGUGCCAACAACUCAAUGAUUUUCAUUUUUUAAAGGCUUAAUUACAUACGAGUACAUUAUUUCUAUAUAAAUGCAAUUUUAUAAAAAUA